AUGUCAUCAAGACAACCUAAACUACGUCCCAAGUCACAUAUAGCGGGGUUUUCAGAUUCCCUAUGUGAUCUUUCUACUAUGUCAUCUUUAUCACAAUGUGAAUCCCGCGUCGCGUUGAAUGACGAAAGGAAUGACCAACGCGUUUUCCGAGUGAAGAGGAAACAUGUUCUCAAGGCGUGUGACCGUUGCAGAAUUAAAAAGACGAAGUGUGAUGGCAAACAGCCAUGCAAUCGUUGCUCUUCAUAUAACCAUCCCUGCUUAUUCCGGGAGAAAAAGGCUACCCAAACAAAGGUUUACUCUCGAGGGUUCGUUGAGAUGUUGGAGUCGCAUCACUCGCUCGUUGUCAAAGCACUCCAAAGAGUUUACAAGCUCUGUGCUGACAAGGAAGGGUUUCCAGGCGAGCCUCUUGCUGAGACCUCCGAUGGGUAUCCCCUGACGCAUGCCAUCCUCGACCGUUUAGGGCUGAUAAAACAAGCCGAAGAUACCUCUGACGCUGCAGAUGAAGAGAGCGAAGGCCUUCAGUACUUACGCCUCCUAUCCAACUCAACCGACUGUAGCGCAACUGCCGACCCAUCACCAGAGCCUGCUACACCUCCGGACCCCCGAUCGAACUCAUUUAGCCCCGUUCAACUAUCACCAGGAGGGAAUGGGCCCGUCAAGUGGGAGUUCCAGUCAGAGCCAUAUCAGGGCUACCCACGAACCAAUUAUCAAAUGUCGUUGCCACACCCAGAUCUGAGGUCACCCAUCCUUGCCAACGAUUCCGAGUGCCCUACAAAAGCACCUUCUCCUAUCGGCGCUGGCCUUGCAAAUCCAUAUCUUUACUAUACCGACGGCGGUUGCAAUCCCGAAUCCACGGACAGCAAUCUCCAACCUAUAGGAGCCACAGGCUCAUCGGCGAUUCCGGCAGCAGUAUCAGCUGGCCUGCCAGUCGGGAUGGCCGAGAAUUAUAACCUCACUAUGCCUGAUCACCAAUCUAUCUACCCGACACCCUUAACACCCGCAUGGGCAUAUCCUUGUGAAUAA